UCCCUUUUAACAAUGUCCAUACAUUCGUGUAACCGCGACAGAUCCGCACGUGACAAAUAAAACAAUUGAAAUUAAAUCAGUGAGUAGUGAAAAUGAUUUAUGCAAUAGUGUUGUUACUGUUCGUGUCCGAAGUCCUAUCGGCUAGAGAACCAAAACAGGUUAUGUUAGCUAACCAAGGAAUGAUAUCAGGGAUGUAUUUGACCAGGUUUCGAACUAAGAGGAUAGCAGCAUAUAUUGGUAUUCCAUAUGCACAGCCGCCUAUAGACUACAGAAGAUUCACUCCACCAGAAUACACUGAUUUACCAGUAUGGGAAGGUGUAAAGAAUGCCACAGUGUAUGCACCAGAUUGUAUGCAAAGAGACCCUAAGCAAGAAGAUGUACAGAACCCUUUGAACAAACAUGACGAUUUGUUUAUGAAGCUCUUGGAGUCCCAGAUGGAGGAGCCUAGACAAAAGGAAUAUUCAGAAGAUUGUCUUUACCUAAAUGUUUAUGUUCCAGAUGAUUUUAAAGUGGAGGGAUAUCCAACGAUGGUGUGGUUUCAUGGCGGGGACUUCAUACGUGGCAGCCCAAAUGCUCUUAAUCCCUUCCAAAUUGUAUUAAAACAAAAGGUCAUUUUUAUCUCCGUCGCCUACCGUCUGAAUAUAUUUGGCUUCUUUUCUACGUUAGAUAAUGAAGCACCCGGAAAUUUUGGUUUAAUGGACCAAGUGGCAGCCCUACACUGGGUAAAAAAUAACAUUGCAAACUUUGGAGGCGAUCCAGAUAAUGUUUGUAUAUUCGGUCACGACGCGGGAGCUGUUAGUGUUGGCUUGCAUUUACUAUCGUCGUAUUCUUCUGGGUUAUUCCAAAAAGCAAUAGCCAUGAGUGGCAAUGUGCUAUCACCAGAAACUGUCAACAUUGCAAGAAAAGAAAUAACAACUGUAGAUAAAGUGGCAACCGCUUUUAGUUGCUUUAGGAAACCAACAUUCCAACUUAUAGAUUGCCUUAGAAGAGUCAAUUACCAAGCACUUCUUGAUAUUGGAGAACCGAUAUCAGCUUGGAAGCCCAUAGUUGAUGUAAACUUUAGUAAUACUUCCCAGCCAUUUUUACCUGAUUUACCAAGUCGGUUAUUUAAAGAUGAAAUUUUCACACCGGUCCCGGUUCUAACAGGAUUUACAAAUAUGGAGGACGCAUUAUUGCUGGAUAAUAAUAAUUCUGAAGAUUCAGGCAUAAGUCAACGUGAAUUUGAUAUAAUGAGGGAAGAAAUAAUUCUCACCGAUAUUACCGUUGAUAAUAGCUCAUGUUUUACAAACCAACAUCACAUACAAGAUGCUGUCGCUUUCUUUUACAAACCUAUACCUCCUACAUCGAAUGAAACUGUGUUAAGGAAGUUAUUUUUAGAUUUUUAUACUGACAAAGUUCAUGGAGCAACAACAUAUCAAUUGGCACAAUUUAUUAGUAAGCACGCUCCAGUGUACUUGUAUAGAUUUGAUUUAAAACCAUUUUCUGAUAUAGCUAACGAAGGUAUACCGGAUUGGAUCGCAGUUCCGCACAAUUUUGAUUUAAUCUUUGCAUUCGGUUUACCUCACUUAGCAUUGCCGGAAGAUUUAUCGAAAUGGGACUACAGAGACAAAAGUAUAUCAGACGUUAUUAUGAAAAUGUGGAGUAAUUUUGCAUGGUAUUCUAAUCCUACCAACUCAGGUGUUAUUAUUCAAUGGGAUGCAUUUGAAAUAGAAAAACCUGGAUUUUUUAUUAUAGACAGACAGAAUUUUACAAUGAGCACGACUGACAAUGUUAAUUAUAAAGCUUUCGAAUUCUGGACAGAUUUCUAUCCAAAGGUAGUGGAAAUAGGUACUAAAUGUUGCAAAGAAGUUGUAGAUGAUAAUAGUUCAGACCCGACGACGACAAAACGAAUGACUUUGUAUCUUAUAGUGACAUUUUUAGUUUUAAACGUUUUGUCGUAGAGAUGUGAACAA